AUGGCCUACUUGGCCGAUGACCUCGGCAUCCGCACUGUCAUAGACUUGCGCACAAACACCGAGCUGGCUCGGCAAGCAGCCAAGCGCAUCGCGCAUCGCAUCGCGGACCCCUCCCUGCCAGAAACGGCUCAUAUCCCGGGCAUCCAGUACCACGAAAUCAAAGUGACGGGCCGCAGCUUUGAGCGCCACAUUGCUAGCCUCCUCACCUGGUGGCAGACCUUGAAAUUCCUCUUUCUAUACAUCUUCAAGUACCGAAAUGAGGCCAUCCGUGUCGUCGCCGAAAAUGUUCUCGUCCCCCGCGGGCUGCUCGGCAUCGGCCGCGACAAGCUCGACCACUCGGGCGCCGAAAUUGCCGAGGCGCUGACGCUUUACACGAGCACGCAGACGACGCCCAUCCUCGUGCACUGCACGCAGGGCAAAGACCGCACGGGUCUCAUUUGCUGCCUCAUCUUGAUGAUUCUCGACGUUCCCAUGGACGCCAUCGAGUACGACUAUCUCCUCACCGACAGUGGCCUCGCCCGCGAGCGCGAGCAGCUGAUCAAGGAAGUCACGUCUGUUGGUUUGACCGAGGCCUGGGCGUACACGGACCGCGGUAUGAUGGCCGGUCUCAAGAAGCAUCUCGACGAUGAAUAUGGUGGCCUGGACGCGUACCUAGACUCCAUUGGAUUUCACCAGGGUCGUCGCGCACUUGUUCGCGAGACUCUUCUCGUCUGA